UACCCAUCUCCUGGCGGCCUUGGUCGGCCCACAGCUUCCUCAAGCCAAGCUCCCCAGGCCCAGGUCAGGCCUCACGGUGGCCUCUCCAGGAUGAGCUCCUGCCCUCCGAUGGCAUCUCCAGGCCCCAAAUGGUCUCCGGUCGGUGGGCUCCUCCACGCCAGGCUUGGGCCUCCCGGCGACCGCUGCAGGCCCAAGAUGUCCUGAAGUCAGCCUCUCCCGGCCCUGCCUCCCAGCAAGUAAGCAAGCUCUUUUGGCUCAACUCCUGCCCAGCUCCCAACCGCCUUUGUAGGCCCCGAACUUUCUCCAGCCAAGCUCUGAGGGCCCACUUCCUGCCUCCUGGUGGCCUGUACAGGCCCAGCACUGGUUGGAGAACAGCCUCUGCAGGCCCCGCCCUUGCCUCCCAGGGGCUUCUCCAGGCCCAGCUCUUGCCCCCACGGCGGCCUCCUGGGGCCAAGUCCCUGCCUGCCUCCCAGCAGCCCGCGUGCGGCCCAGCUCCUCCCUCAUGGUGGCCUGUUGAUGCCCACCCUCCCACGCGGACAGAGGUCAGCGUGAGCCCCUUGCCUCACACCGGCCCCUCCCAUGCUGAGAGAGGUCAGCGUGAGCCCCUUGCCUCACACCGGCCCCUCCCACGCUGAGAGAGGUCAGCGUGAGCCCCUUGCCUCACACCGGCCCCUCCCACGCUGACAGAGGUCAACGUGAGCCCCUGCCUCAACA